CCAUUGAAAAUCAUUUGCAAGGAGUUAAGGUAUCCUUAUCAGAGUCUGAAUCUAAAGGGAAUCUCUUACUGAGGUUUCACAUUCCCCUUUUUUUAGUUUACUUGCGGCCUUUCCACCCUUUUAAUUUCUAUAUUCUUCUUUGUCGUUUGUUAUUUUCCUUGAAUCUGCACGUAUCUCAGCUUUGCUUUAGCACAAUUCUCUGAGUCACAGUUUCUUGCCAUUAAACUGGUUAAGGAUUUUGCAGGCACUGCAUCUCUGAUAUAUCUACCAAUUGAGAGGAUCAUUUGUAGUGGUUUGAAAAUGUAUGUGGUGGAAAGCAAAGGAGGUGCCAUUGCCUGUAUGCUUCUGGCAUUGUUCUUUUUAGGCACAUGGCCUGCUAUUAUGACGCUACUCGAACGUCGAGGUCGUCUUCCUCAACAUACUUACCUUGAUUAUACAAUGACAAACCUCUUGGCUGCUGUUAUUAUUGCUUUAACAUUUGGUGAAAUUGGCAGCAGCACUCCUGAGAAACCCAAUUUUAUUGCUCAACUAUCUCAGGAUAACUGGCCUUCCAUUUUGUUUGCGAUGGCCGGCGGGGUGGUUCUCAGCCUUGGGAAUUUGUCUACACAGUAUGCAUGGGCUUUUGUUGGUCUAUCAGUGACAGAAGUGAUCACUGCAAGCAUUACAGUUGUUAUAGGCACAACCUUGAAUUACUUCUUGGAUGACAAGAUCAACAGAGCUCAAAUUCUUUUCCCGGGCGUCGGUUGCUUCUUGAUUGCUGUUUGUCUCGGAUCAGCUGUUCACUCAUCAAAUGCUGCAGAUAAUAAAGCAAAACUUAAAGGGGCUGGAUAUUCCCCCACAUCGAAUGGGGCAAUCACAAAUGAGGAACUAAGGAAUCUGGAGAAGGGGAGCGGUAUUAUAGAGGAGGCAAAGGCCGGAACUGCGGAAUUCCUUUUAGAGCUCGAGAAACGGAGAGCGAUUAAGGUGUUUGGGAAGAGCACUAUAAUUGGUUUAUCCAUAACUUUCUUUGCUGGUGUUUGCUUCUCUCUAUUCUCUCCAGCUUUCAACUUGGCAACAAAUGAUCAAUGGCACACUUUGAAGGAAGGGGUUCCACACUUGGUUGUCUAUACCGCAUUUUUCUACUUUUCGGUCUCUUGUUUCGUGAUCGCCCUCAUCCUUAACAUCACCUUCCUCUACCUCCCUGUAUUAGACCUACCGAGAUCAUCGUUCAAGGCUUACAUCAAUGACUGGAAUGGCAGAGGCUGGGCACUUUUAGCUGGGUUGUUGUGCGGGUUCGGGAAUGGUCUCCAGUUCAUGGGAGGCCAAGCUGCAGGGUAUGCAGCUGCGGAUGCUGUGCAGGCACUUCCACUUGUGAGCACAUUUUGGGGCGUACUAUUGUUUGGAGAAUACCAAAAAUCGUCGCGGAGAACAUACGUAUUACUUUUCGGGAUGUUGUUUAUGUUCAUUGUAGCUGUUGGUGUUCUAAUGGCAUCGUCAGGGCAUCGAAAAUGAGCAUUGCAGGAAGCUUUUGAGUGAUCAAAAUAAGUUAUUGCAUUGCACAUAAACUCAGGGCUUGAUGAAACAACUCAAAACAGAUGCUGAUAUUCAUGUCCAUAGAUUGUUCAUUGUAUUUGUGGAAAAAUACAAAAGAAUUAUUAAAAGAAAUAAUAAAAAAAAGCAAAAGCAGACAGGGAGCAUUGCUUAUGAAGAUUGUGGAGAGGGAUGGGCUUAAAACAAUGUUGUAAAAUAAACAUACACAAAAUACAGCCUUCCUCAAACUUUACUGUCAUUUAUGUUUUUUCAUUUUUUCCCAAGUAUGGUUUUUUUUUAAAUGAAAUUAUUAUAUUCACA